CGCUCCCUGCUGGCGAGCCCGGCGCUGUCGCCGAAGCCCGUCAGUCACCGCAUGGCCGCGGCGACCGGAGCCCCGCCCCCGGUUGCCGUGGCGGCACCUGGACCUGCCAGCUCCCUAGAGCGGAAGUUGCCCGCUAAGGCUUCUGGUCAGUGUAGUCCAGAAAUCUCCGCGAGGCCCGGCUGGCUGGACGAUGGUCCAACUUUCUCCCAAGGUUUUGGGGUUGACCUGGGACCUAGAGGAGCGGAGGGUGGGCUCACGGAAUCAGGCGGCCGCCGAAACCGAAACCACACCCUUAAUGAACAGAUUCCUGCACAGAGCCCGCGCCUAACAGCUGCAGGAGCAGCGGAGUGGGGGCGCGGGGGCUGGUCGUCCUUAUUUGCAGAUGACACAUUCACCGAGACACAGCGACCUGCCAAGCAGCCUCAUCCCAUCCGUCCCCAGGGUCAGCAGUAGCCUCGGGGCCACGCCAUCUUUCCCAUGAGGCCGGCAGCACUGUGCUCCCCUGGGCACACAGCCCCGGAGGACGAGAGACCCAUCGUGGUGAAGCUGGAGGAGGAGGAGGAGGCCACCCCAUGGGAUCCCAGCCCAGAGGCUGCGUGCUGGUGUUUCUGGCACUUCCGCUACGAGGAGGCGGCAGGGCCCGGAGAGGCCCUGGCCCUGCUCCGGAAGCUGUGCCACCAGUGGCUGCGGCCGGAGGUGCACUCCAAGGAGCAGAUGCUGGAGCUGCUGGUGCUGGAGCAGUUCCUGAGCACGCUGCCCCCCAAGAUCCAGGCCCGAGUGCGAGGGCAGCGGCCAGGGAACCCUGAGGAGGCUGUGGCCCUGGUGGAGGGGCUGCGUCGGGAGCCAGGAGGACCCCGGAGAUGGGUCACAGUCCAGGUGCAGGGACAGGAGGUGCUGUCGGAGAAGGUGGAGCCCUCCGACUUCCAGUCCCUCCCGCAAACCAAGCCUCAGACUACGGAGCCUGGGCCUGAGACAGAGGUCACCACGCAGAGGUCGCCGCCGAGCCCUCAGGUGAAAAAGGAGCCUGAGGACCCAGCUGAGGACAGGCAAGAGUUUCUGGAUUCUGAGGCUCCGGUCAACCCCCAGGAGGCCGCUUCCACUCUCCUGCCUGAGGCCCAGGACUGUGGGAUGUUGCUGGACCAGGCCUCUCCCCACAGCAAGACUGAACCUGAGGGCUCCUCGUGGAGGGAACACCCGGGGGCCCUGUGGAAUGAGGAAGCUGGGGGCAUCACCUCAGCAGGUGAGUGAAGACAGGACACGGUGCG